AGUAACCAAACGGGGAGAGGGGCAAUUUCCGCAGCCUGUCGGUGAGACCGCAGAAGACUAGCGCACGGGGUGGACAGACGCAAACUUUCGGACAGAGGACCGAAACGUCCGUUAUCUGUUUCCGGAGGCGUCCGUAGCCUUGUAUUCGGGUUUUUGGGGGGUUUUAUUUUUUAAUUUUUUUUUUUUUUGGUUUGUGUGUUUGUUUGUUUUUCAGCAGCUGAGCUUAUUUUGUCGCAGUUGGCUGGAAGUGAUUUACUGGGCAAUGGUGAAGCGGAACAAAUUUUGCGGAAUUCACGUCUUUACCUGUGUUCUCCCCCUAAACUUCAUUCCUAUAGGGAAGGAGCACUGAGUUGAAUCCCGUUUGCGCCACAAAGUGAAGUAGCCAGAGGGGCUUCAACUGCCCUGCGCCGCUGGAGCCUUCAGUAAUGUCGGGGCCAACACACCACAACCGGCCCCUUCGCUUCUGACCCAACAUGGAGCUAAAGGUCUGGGUGGAUGGAGUCCAGAGGGUCGUCUGUGGUGUCACUGAGGCGACCACCUGCCAGGAAGUGGUGAUUGCCCUGGCCCAGGCCAUAGGUCGCACUGGGAGAUACACUCUGGUAGAAAAAUGGCGGGACACCGAGCGCCACCUAGCCCCUCACGAGAGCCCUGUGGCUUCUUUGAACACCUGGGGCCAGUAUGCUGGUGAUGUCCAGCUGAUCCUGCAUCGCACAGGCCCCUCCCUGACUGAACGAGCCCCCUCAGAAGGACCCACCCUGAGGGGACCUGAGCGUGGGCUGCAUCGGCAGAGCCUCCCACCCCUCGCAAAGCUUCGUCAUCCGAACGAUCGCUCUCUCCGCCGCCGUGAACCGCGGCGCAAGUCUCUCACAUUCACUGGAGCACCCAGAGGCCUUAGGGAGAUACUGAGCGGAGGGCGGAUCGGUGAGGCUGAGGCUAAACGAAGACUUCUCUUGGGAAACGAUGGGAUUCACCACCAUGGAGGACUGGCCAUGGGGACCACAUCUCCUGGCCUGUGGGCCUGUCGCAUGGAAGAUCUGGUCAGACUGGUCGGUUUACAGAGAGAGACUCUCAGCGUGCUGGAGAAGAAGCUCGAGGCCUAUGAGGCUGAGCUGCAGCCCUGGGCUGAGGGGAGAGGGGGGCGAGGAGGAAGGUGCAUUGGGGACCCAGGUGCAGGAGGAGGGCUGAUAGAGGAGAUCCUGAGGCUGGAGAAGCACCUGAGGAAGAAUGACGUGGAGAUGGAGGAGGAGGAAUUUUGGGCCACUGAGCUACAGAUUGAGCUAGAGAGUGAGAGACAGCUUGAAGAAAGACUACAGGAGCUACGAGGACGGCUGCAGGGCUGUGAACUGGAGAUUGAAGAAAAGCUGACAAUGGUACAGGGUGUGGAGGCAGGCCUGGAAGAGGAGCGGCUGCAGAGAGAGCGGCAGGAGACCCAGUGGGUCAGUGAGGCAGAGGCUCGGGCUCAGGUCCUCAGGGUUAAAGCAGAGCUGAAAGCCCAGGAGAGACAGGCUGUCCAGCUGGAAAGCAGCUGCAGAGCUGUGGACAGGUCACUUGGACAAAGCAGCAAAAAACUGCAGGACAUGCAGCACGAGCUGGAGCAGCUGACCAAGGAGCUGAGGCAAGUUAACCUGCAGCAGUUCAUUAAGCAGACUGGCACCAAAGUCACAGUGCUGCCGGCUGAACCGACGGAGGAGGAAAGUAGCCACAACAGUCAUGAUAUAGAUUUAGUUCCCCUCUCUGGCUCAUUGAAGCGCCCUGUGUCCUCGCACCCGAUGUCCAGUCACCUCCGGGUCCUCCACAGCCCUCUCAGUUCUGGCCUGAACCCAGAGGGGAUCUAUGUGUGAGACAGUUCUGAAUGGAAGGAACACAUCUUGUCUCCCUUCCAGAGCCCAUUUCACCCCAGAACCCAUUUAUAUGUGGAUAUCUUAGUACAGGAUACCUCAGUCGCACACUACUAUGCACUGUUGUUUCAAUUACCAGGAGGCAGCCUUGAGUGUGAAGACUCAAAUAGUGAAGGAAGGAUGUUGAUCUUGAAAUUGAAGUAAUGGAUGCACUUGGUGGUAAUGAAAGAUAGUUAGAAGUUAUGGCAUGAAGAAAAAACACAGCAGUACAGUCUGAACAUGUCAGGACUUUCUAAACAUCAGGCUGUUGUGGACUUCUUUCACAAACAUAUCCACUUAAUGUACUUUUACUCUCAAUUUAGUACCUGCUGAAUGAUUUGUAUUAUUUUCUCACAACCAUCAUGAUUCAAAACUAUUGCCUUUUGAACAAUAUUCUUGAGAAUCUUGGUAUUUGAAUCUAUGAACUCUAUAUCUUUGAAAUCAUAUGUUAUUUCUGCAGUGAAUACAUUUACCUGGCGUAAUGGCUGGUUCUUAUAUGAGUUAUGAAGGAUCCACUUGUGUUUGUAGGAAAACUAUGUAUAGAGUCUAUCAUUUUGCAUAUCAUUACCAUUCCUGUAGCUCUGACUGUCUGUUCAUGUUGAAACUAUGCACAAAUGGUUAAUAGUUUUGUUACUGAAGAAUGUUACUGUCUGUAUGUACCAAAACGAUGGCUUAUUGUAAAAUGUUUUCUUACUUUUCAGCUUUAUUUAGUAAAUUUCUAUAUUUUAUUACAAAGCGGUGAAUACACAGUUACGAAAAUGCAGUGCCCUCAUUCCCGCAGUAAUAUCUGCAUAUUGAAACAGUGUUAAUUAUCAUCUUAAGCCGUUUUUUGGUGUUAAAUGACUACACAAAAUAUUUUUGCCAAAUGUAUUAUGCUUGUUUCUCUGUAAGAGUCGGUGGCCAAAGAUUAGCAGCUCUUGUUGCAUGAUUGUGAUGUUAAUAUAGCCAUAUGAGGAUGUGCAGUGCACCCACAGUACAGUAAAGGAGUGAGUUGAAUCAAAAAAUAGUGGCAUGAAAUAAUACAAUGAUAGCUACAGCUACAUUGUGUAUGUAUGUGUGAGUCAGUGAUGCAAGAGACUUGUAUGUAUGUGUCUUUGUGUGGGGCUGCAGAGUCCGAAAAGCCCCUCCUAGGCUGUAGUUCAGCUGCGAAUCCCAUCAAAGUGCCUUAUAUUCAUUCCACAGGCGGUGUAUUCAAGUAAUGUACAGUCGAGCUUUAGCAGAGACAUUGAAGCAAUGAUCAUAGUCAGUUUAGUUAAAAUGUUGGUAGAUGUAUUAGUGCCACGUUGCUGCACGGAGAGAAAUGGCAAUAGAGCGGCAACAAAGAGGAACCUAUAAUUAUCUUUUAUCUGCCAGUAUUUUGUAGAAAUGUCAGUGGAAAGAACAUUAUUGAGAGUGCUCUCCGCUUUGCUACUGUAUUAUUGUCACCAGGAUACUAUGUGCUGCAAGGUGCAUUCACAUUUAAUCUGAUUUAUUUCUUCUCACGCAACACAUACUGUAUACCGUGGUUUGGAUCAGCACUGUCAACCAAGAAUAAAUAGUUGAUGUGAUACCGAGGGGAAGUCCACCCUGUUACAUUCAGUGUCUACAAAAACACAAAAACACACAAACACAUCAUCGCUACAGCGUGUGUCUGCUUUUCAGUUUAAGCAGAGACCCGUUUUAAAAUUCUUCAAUUUAAGCUAAUCUGUGAUAGUCCAUGUAUUGAGGUGGAUUUUCCCUUUAAGAAACCACUUGUGUGCAUUUUUUUCCACCCUGAGACGUAGCUGUGGUUGCUGUUUACAACUGUAUAUGUUCUAGAGAACUCUUAAGAUGUUGACUGUACAUAACCUGUUUUUAUUUUUUCCUGCCUUAAUAUACUGCAAAGUGUUGACGGAUGUACGGCUGUAUGUGGCUGCUGAUAUGACUUGGAUUGCAUGAUUCAAUAAACCAUCUGACAAAAUUAAA